AGCCAGGCUGAGGUCACGUGAUUAGGAACCAACAUGGCUGUGUGAAGAGAGUAAGCAAAUGCAUCUAAACUUUUUUGGUGAACGUAUCAACAACACAUUGACAGUCAACCAAUUGAUCGCAGUAAUGGUCAACGUUUUUAUAAACAGAACAACAUGUCUCCUAGAAAGCAAGUAAUGAAGACGUCCAGUGCCUUAUCCUCUGGGGGAGAUGGGGACUGUGUUGAAGCAGAUGAUACGGAUGAAGAGAUGUUUCAAGAAGAGCUUCCCCAUUCCUCAAUGUCAUUGUCUCGCAGGCGUGAAAGGGUCGUUAAAGCAAAACCGAAAGAGAUGAGUGAGGAGGAGAUGAUGGACCUGGCACUGCGACUGAGUGAACAGGAAGCCAGCAUUGCUGCUGCCAAGCGCCAGCAGGAGGAAGAGGCCAUGACGGAAGCCUUAAAAGAAAGUAUGUUCAGUCAGACCCAGCCCUGUGCCUCGCCUCCAAGCCAAAGAUACCACGGCAACACCGAUCCCUCGCCAAAACUCCCCUCCCGGCGGCAACUCGCCUACCCAGCCACGGUGCCCAAGAACGUGCCGCUGGCUGAAGAGCUGAGUGUCAAUAACAACCCGAGAGGCGCAGGGAAUCAUAAGCAUAACAUGAGAAAACGGAAGAGGGAAGAUGGCGUUCCGGUCCUGGAGCGGGCUGACCUCCCGCAGACCCAGAAGAUCUGCUCUCAGAGCUCCACCCUGGAGCCACUCUGUUCUCAGGACUUUUCUUCCUCCCAGACUGAUCCCUGCCUGCUCCCUAAAACCUUCAAACCGUCUUCCUCGGCCAGCAAACUCCAUGUUCAACUGCCCAGGUUGAGUCCGGGGAUACUAAAGACCUGCAGAACCUCUGGGUUCGUCUUGUGCUCUCAGCAGAGUCUGACCUCCACCCAGACAUCUCUAACCUCCCCGUCAAAUAGCCCCACGUUUCCAAGCAGCGCAACACACUCGGACAACGUAGGGUAUUCCAAGAAGCCGAAAUUCCCAAAAAGUGCUGACUGUUCAGAUCCAGAUGUGGAAGUAAUUGGAGAGACUGAUCCACGUUUUAACUGUCCUAAGAGUCCUGUCUUUGGCAGGGUUGGCUCAACAAAGGCUUUGGAUAACACCAGCACCGCACCAAAGAGUCCUGUAUUUGGCAGGGUUGGCUCAACAAAGGCUUUGGAUAACACCAGCACCGCACCAAAGAGUCCUGUAUUUGGCAGGGUUGGCUCAACAAAGGCUUUGGAUAACACCAGCACCGCACCAAAGAGUCCUGUAUUUGGCAUGGUUGAAUCCACAAGGGCUUCGGAUAUCAGCAGCAUCACGGCAAAGAGUCCUGUAUUUGGCCGGGUUGAAUCCACAAAGGCUUCGGACUAUGAAAACCAGAUCGCUGCCUCAGUCACGAGUCAGAAGUCACUGCCUACCUGUGAUGACGAUAAGUUCCCAGAGGGUCUAAAGUUUUCCAAGCUAAGUCGUUCCAAGAGACCAAUUCAUUCUGCUAGUAACACGUUGUCUAAAGGUCUGACGUUCCCAAAAAGUCCAGCCUCGACCGGGAAGGGAGAGGCCAAAGACUUGUUGAGAGAUGGCUGUUCUGUGAGGACAGAGCAUUGCGGGACUAGACCGCUAUUUGUAAAGAGCAGGAAAGUCAGUGGUGAGACCAGACCAGAUUUUAGAGAGGAAAGCCCAAGAUUUGGAAAGACUAGUCUGCCAAAGACCGGAUCUGGCCGGAGCAGCCCAGUACUUGGGAGGACCUGUCCAGUAUUUGGGAGGACCAGUCCAGUAUUUGGCAGUACAAGGACAGAAAGAAGUAGCAUUCUUCCGGCUACCAUAGGCCAGGAAUCCAGCAGCCAGGGCAGUUACUCUGCCAUUUCUAAUAAGGAGAGCCGACAGCCACGACAGUGCCUUCAGAAGACAAACGGGCUGAACCACAAGGAUGCAGAGUCUGAAUCCACGUCCCGGGACCACGUCGGCAAGCCAACAACAGCUGCCUUGGCCGGUAAAGAGAAGCCCACCAAGAAGGAUGAGGAGUCCAUCCCAGAAAUAAUGAAGAUGACCAGUGACAUGACCUUACAUUGGUCCGACAGCGAGGAAGACUUGGAGCAGUCAGAGGGGUCCCCCAGUCCUGUCUUCCCAGAGGAGAGGCGCCCGCCGCAGGCUGAGCACCCGACGUGUUCCCCUGAACACAGCGGGUCAGCCCCGUCAGCCACCUCCAGCCACAGUCCGAAGCGUCUGAGGUUGAAUCCCGUCCCUGCCGUCGUGUUCCUGGAGGCGGCUGGUUCAGACACCAGCACCUCUUGUGCGCGGGUCCCCCAGUCGGGGCCGGGGCCUUCCCACCCCCAGGAGCCCUCCAGUCGGGUCCCUGCCCCCCCACUGGGGCCCGGAGGGGAGCCGUUGGUGCACUACUGCUGGGGGGUGCCCUUCUGCCCUCAGGGCCUGGACCCAGACAGAUACACACAGGUGAUCCUGGCCCAGAUGGAGGUGUACGAGAAGAGCCUGAAGAACGCUCAGAGAGGCCUACUGAGGAAGGCCGAGUGGGGCGCCGGCAUCACCCCCCAACCGGAGGAACUCCUUGAGGACUCGCCCGAACUGAUCCCCACCAUAAGUUUGCGCCGACCCGGCCUCCGAUCCAGAAGAAGAGCAGCAGGGGUGAAGCCGCCGGAGGAGGAGGAGGAGGACGAAGACGAAGACGAAGGAGGCAGGGAGGAGGACGUGAAGAGGAAGGGCGUGGAGCCGGUGGAGGAGGCCGAAGAGGACCUGGAUGUGGUGGGCUGUGACAUGUGUCCAGAGACGCAGCUCAGUGGCGACGAGACUCAGGUUCUGGUGGUGGGGACCGAUGCAGCAGAGGAGACUCAGCCUGACAGCCCCUCCCUACUCCAGAUCCAGAGUCUCCCCCGCAGUCGGGAGGGGGAGGGGGAGGGGGAGGGGGAGGAGGAGGAGGAGGAGACUCACACACAGGACCCCAACAAGAAAGAGGAAGAGGCAGAGGUGGACGCUGGGGGCGACUGUGAGCAGCCGGCUGCCAUGAGUCCCAGCAGAGCGCAGGCACCGCUGUCUGGGCAGGAGGAGGAGGAGGAGGAGACGCAGGGAGCUGUAGGGGCAGAAGAGAGGAAGGAGGCGGGGCCGGAGGCGGGGCCGGAGGCGGGGCCGGAGGAGGGGCCGGAGGCGGCCUCUAGCGUGGACUGCCCCAUCUGCCAGAGCGCGUUCCCCGUGUCCGAGAUCGAGAUGCACGCCGCCUUCUGUGACGGCGAGCAGGAAGUAGUGGAGAGCCCCGUAGAGGAUUCGCCAGGGUCCCAUAGGCCGAGCAAGAGGAGGGCACUGAAAUCCCUAGCGACGGAAGAUCGUGGAGACGGCGAUCCAUCCGGCCACGCCCCGGCUCCUCAGGGGCGGGAGAGGUGCUACCUCUGCCACAAGUCCGUCCCGCUGGCCGAGUACUCGCGACACACGGAGAGCUGCAUCCAGAGGCAGAGCGCCCACACCGCCUCGCCCAAGGGCGACCUGCUGUCAGCCCUGGAGAACACGGAGCGCAGACAUCCAGGUGGUCCCUCCGUGUCCAAACUCCCCACAGCCGUGAUCGACCUGAGCAACAGCAACGACGACGACGACGACGAAUCGGAGGAAGGAGGCAGCGGACAGCCGUCCACGUUCAAGGUCAGCGACUCUCCCAUCCGGGCCUUCACGUCCAUCUCCGAGGCCUCGGACUGCCUGGUGGACUUCAGGAGGCAGGUUGCCCCCCGGGAGCCCGGCCAGAGAUCCCGGGGCCGGAGAGGAGGAAGAGGAGGAGGAGGAGGGUUCAAACGGAAGUUUAAACGCAGAUGAACUUCCAAUUGCGAAUCGCCGAGUACUGAUUUUAAAAGACUUGUUUACAUGAUUCACCAACAAAGCUCUUUUACAAUGUUUUAUUUUUUUUAAGAGGAAGCUCGCCAAAUGUUCACAAUGCUGUGUCUGACGAGGUCAGCGGCUCAUCUGUUUGGUGCCGUCCUUAUGGUAUGGAUUGGCCAUUGGGGAUUUUCUGUAUAUGGGGGGGGGGAUUAUUUUGUCUUUUUAUGUCUGGGAAUUCAUUGACUGAGUAACAUAUAAUGGGAAUAUUCGAUGUGUACAAAUAAUGCCUUUUAUUUAUUAAACGCCUUUAAACGUG